AUGGAGGAAAGCCCUUUGAGUACUUCCUCGCCCGGCAGCGCCAAUGCGGCGGCUUCCCGCUCCGAGCCGCCUCCCGUGAAAUUGGGCCCGAGUCCGGCGGCGCACCUGCUGCCGCGGCGGAUAAGGAUAUCCGCGGCCCCGCCUGCAGAGGCCCCGCAGGUCACCGCAGCUGAUGCCGCAGUCGCCGCCGCCAGCAGGAACCACGACAAGCCACCAGGAACCACACUCCAGUCCUCCCGAAAGCCACCCCCACCUGUCGCCUCGCACGCGGCGCGCGACCCUCGUUCCGGCGGGCAAUUAGGCCGGAAAUCAGUUGCCCUCUUUCUCUACAACCUCGAACGUUUACAUGAGCCCAUUGAGAAGAGCGCGCCGCCGGACAACAGCAGUUGUCCACCAGCGGCGAAAGAGGCCACCGUGGUGGUUGAUGCGAGGCAGUUCGGCGCUCGGCAAGGAGGAGCUAAUUGGAACUAA